GAGAUCCUAUAAAUGGUGCGGUUUUAUGUUCCUCUUUUGGCAUUGCGUCGUUCUUUUGCGUCAAGAAUCUUUGGAAAUACCCUUUAGCCUUUAGCUUUAGGUUAAAUCAAUCAAAUAGACAGAGCAGUAAAAAAGGAUAGAAAAGAGUGAUAUGCAGGAGAAUAAAGCAGUGGAUUCCGGCAGGUUCAAAAGGGUUUGUGUCUUUUGUGGAAGCAGCUCCGGCAAGCGAAACUGUUAUCGUGAUGCUGCCCUUGAGCUGGGCAAAGAACUGGUCUCCAGGAGGUUGGAUCUUGUUUAUGGAGGAGGAAGUGUCGGUUUAAUGGGUUUGGUUUCUCAGGAAGUCCAUCGAGGUGGAGGACAUGUUUUAGGAAUUAUCCCCAAAACUCUGAUGAGCACAGAGAUAACAGGGGAAACAGUAGGGGAGGUCAAACUUGUUGCGGACAUGCACCAUAGGAAAGCUGAGAUGGCCCGCCAUUCUGACUGUUUUAUCGCCUUACCAGGUGGAUUUGGAACCCUUGAAGAGUUAUUAGAAGUCAUAACAUGGGCCCAGCUUGGAAUCCACGACAAGCCUGUUGGCUUGAUUAAUGUGGAUGGCUACUACAAUUAUCUGCUCACCUUCUUUGACAAAGCCGUGGAUGAUGGCUUCAUUAAACCAUCCCAACGUAGUAUCAUUGUCUCAGCUCCAACUGCCAGAGAACUUGUUCAGAAACUUGAGGAAUACGUGCCAAUGCAUGAUGGAGUUGUUGCUAAGGCAAGGUGGGAGGCUGAACAAUUGGAGCUCAAUUCAUCUUUGCAAACUGAAAUUGCUCGUUAAUCAGAUCUCUCCCAUUUAUUUAUUUAUUUAUUUUGCUUUUGUGUUUUUUCUUAUCAGAAAAUGUAAGUAAGCAACUAGCUAGCUCUAGGGUUUCUCCUUUCAAAAUUUGUAUGCACUGUAUUACUCUAGGAUAGAAAGGAGAAAAAUCCAUUGUAUGGAAAAAAAAUUAAGAAAUUAAGCAAAUUUGUUAGGUGGUUGUUAACUCCUUGUGUUGGGUGAAAAUGGCAAGUGGUAAGUUGUAUUUUCUUCGUUAUAUGCUUACUCUUUAAAACUUGCAAUGAAAAGAACAUGAAGGAAAAAAAAAAAAGGCAGCCUUUUUAUUCUUUUUCCAAUGCAUGCCGUUUCUGUUCUGCUGUGCAGAUACCUCUUCUCUUACACUCCUCCUGGCGAUUCAGUUAUGCAGUAUUCUCAAAGCUUUUUAAAUUUUUUUUUUAUUAUUUUCAUGUUCAGUCCUUUAAAAGUGAUGGACCCAAAAGAAAUUUUCUGCUCAUUACAGUGAAUACUGAACAGCAACUUGGAAAGAGGAUGGUCUAUACACUGUAGUACUUCCAGUCUAGCUGUAGUGGUAGGCGAAAGCUUGGGCAAAGCCAUAUAAUUCAUUAUGUAUUUUCUUAAAUUUUUAUUCUACUUUCUGAUUUCCCCGUUAAGACAGAUAUCAUUAAUUUGAUGGAAGAGAGGGAAUACUGGCAGGGAAUUAUAGUGGCUGGAAAAUAGCCAACUAAAUCAUGGCGGCUUAACAAGCCACGAAUGGGCACCUCGAGGGCUACAAUUUCCGAUUUUCCAAUUUCCAAUUGCACUAUUUCUUUCUGAAUUUCUAUGGCCUUCAAUUGAGUAUACUAUUUUGAAAUUUCUCUUGCUUUUAUCUUGAUUUUGAAAAUAGCUAAAUCAUCAUGGCUGACACAACCAAAAGAAAAAAGAACAAAAAGAUUCUAAAUCAAAGGCUAAAUAACAAGUUAGGUACUGGUACAGUGAGUAGUAACAGGGUAAGGCAAGAGCUUUGGGCAUUAGAGAUAUUGACAUCUGCUAUUCAGUUCUCCGUCAGUGAUGGCAUCAGUGAUAUUUGGUGUUGAGUGCCACUUCACCCAUUCCUUAUCCGAACUGUGGCCUAUCUAACCCUGCAAUCCACCUCGCCAGUCCUAUUCUUGUACGCGUAAACUUUUCCGUGUCAGCUGUUUUGAUCUGUCUUUAUCAGCAUCAUGCUGAUUCCUCCUUGGUUAUCCGUUGCCUCUAUCUUCUGAACUUUGACAUUUAAAAUAAAUAUGUUAAUUUUACCCCUUUCAAUAGCGUAGAGGUCCACACGUUACGGUUACAACAGAGAUUUUUAGUUUGCAGGGGAAUGUCUCGUCGGAUGCGUUGGAGGAUCCAGCUAACCAUGGAGAUUGGAGAGUCCAUAUUUAAUGGGCUCACGAAUGUAUCCCCACCUGAUAAGCUUGACUCAUCAACAUUUAUUAGACUGCCUGGAGUGCAUGCACCAGGGAACUCCAGACACAAAAGGUCUUUACUUUGGAGUAAGAAUGAAUGGGAAAAAUGCGAAAGGAGUUGAGACAAGGGAAUGUUACAAGAAUAUGUCCCCAUCAGACAUCAAAGCUGAAAAUAACCAAACCCAAUUUUUCCAUCAACAUGAUCCUUGCAUUACACGGUUGGCUGUGGCUGCGGAGGCUAGUGGACUUGGGACUUAGAGAGUUACGCAAAGUUGUUGGGCUUGCUUAAUGAGCCAGUGGUCCUUCUGGUAGUCACUGUCAAUUGGGUCCAGCCGAGUUGCAACUAGUUGUUUUGGGGCUUGCUUGGGCCCCUACAAAACUAAAGACGUGUGUAGUGAGGUAAGCGAUGUUCUGCUAAACUCCGCAGCCAUUUAUCUCGUUUGUAACCCCACUCGGACUAAAGAGGGCAAAGAAAGGAAAGAUAAGGCAACGCUGGCAUCCAAUUCCACUUUUCCGCGCCUUUCUCAUGUAUUUGACGAAAUGCUUCAAGCUCUUCUGACAAUAGUUUCUGGUGUUGUCACUUUUCAAUCUCAAGAUGGAUCAUAAGAGAACUCCACAAUAUAACCACUGGAUUUCCAUUUGUUUAGGUGAUGUGUCAUUGUUAACAACUUUUUCAGUAUUUCAACGAUGGGCAACGGGGAUAUUCAAGCCCGUGCACAUUAAAAGAAUGUUUUUUUUUUUCCUAAAAAAAUAUCUGUCAUUAAUUAAUGAUUAAUUGUAACUUUAAAAAGUAAAAACUCUUUUCUUUCUUAUCUCUUCCUCAGUUAUAAAGCUCCAUCUACCAUAUUAUGAUUUUGACCUCCCCUUUCUCCGGUUGCAGGCUCCAUUGAAAACUCUGAAACAGACCGCGAUUUAAAGGUUAGACUUUAGAGUUACACCAUAGGUAAAUGGUAUUCAUUGUGAAGUCAUUAGUUUCAUGCUUUAACGGUAUGUUUGGAUUG